UCAUGUUAGUAGUAGGUAUUGGAAAGGUCAGCAGCUGAGAAAGAUCGGCCUUCACGGAUUUAAACUGGUGGGGAUACCUAUCCAUAAAACUUUCCGUCUCUCUCGCAAGGUUGGUUAAUAGUGUUUUUGCCGUUGGCUGGAAAUAGCGAUACCAAGAAUGAAGUAUUUAAUAUCAGGAAUUUUUCUCUGCGCGAUUGGCUUUGCGUUAGGCGAUGUGGAGUCGGAAUUUAAAAAAGCGAAAAUCAUGCCUGACAUUAUAGACAAAGCGCCAACUGAAAUGAUCGAGGUGAAAUACGGCGAUAAAACGGUCGAUCUGGGAACCGAGCUGACGCCAACCGAAACCCAUGAGAUACCCGAAAUACAUUAUAAACACGAGGGCGGAGUGCUGUAUACGCUUGUCAUGACAGAUCCCGACGCACCGAGGAGGGGAGGGUACAAUCGAGAGUACCGCCACUGGCUCGUAGGAAAUAUACCCGAGGAAAAUGUGGCCAAAGGUGAAAUUCUAGCGGAAUACGUCGGUCCCGCUCCGCCCAAGAACACCGGCAAACAUCGUUAUGUAUUCCUCGUCUACAAGCAGAAUCAGGGUUCCAUUACUUUCGACGAGAGAAGAUUGAGUACUUGGGAUGGAAGCCAGCGCAAGAGGUUCUCCAUAAAGAAAUUCGCGGAGAAGUACAAUUUGGAGAGUCCGAUCGCCGGUAAUUUUAUGACGGCGGAAUACGACGAUAACGUGCCGGCUUAUCACAAGCAUUUGGGUUUAUAAUCGACGCGUGAACGAGUCUGAGCUGAGUUUCUUAUGUGGCAGAGUAUAAGUAUACAUGCAUUUUAUGUAUUAUUUUAAAUCUCGUGAAUAUAUCAUUACUUUUUCGUAAAAUUAUGGUGUAGGAGUAGCAAUGCGCAUCUUUGUGCUAUCAAUCAGAACCGAAAGAAUAGAAAAUAGUCGGCCGGUUA